ACCUAAUGUGUAGAAAGCUGGAACAUGUCUGUCUGAUAGAGUGCUAGCCCGUAGUGGCUCUCUGGUACAUGCAGUGCAGCCGGAGACGCACAGGCAGGCGUUAUAAUGGCAAGCACAGAAUUAUGCCUGUAUAUUAAUACAUUGUCUUGUGUAACUUUACAGAACAUGAGCAAAGUUUAUCCUGCAAACAUAUGUUCUCUCCAUAUUCCAGAAAUAAUAAUGGAAAGCAGAGUGGAAGCUUGCGAGCAGGGCCCUCCUACCUCUAGGUCUGUUCUUCCAAUUGUAAAGCGCAACGGAAUUUGCUGCGCUAUAUAAGAAACUGUUAAUAAAUAAAUGUCGCAAAUAUAUAGCAGGUUCCUAUGAGCUUAUGGAUGCAGAUCAUUUGUAUGACGCGUCCAUUACACAGGGACUUGUCCUCUUAUCACCCAUUCCCGGCCCCCCUCCUGUUUCCCCAUCUCCACUCCCUGAAUACUGCAUUUCCUGACAACUGGUCAAACUGAGGCUCGGAGUGGCCAUAAAGACCCUUUAAUAAAGUUUAAUUCAGUCCUAAUGUGUGAAGAGACCUCCCCCAGCUCUUCCCUCUCACCUAGCAGGAGGGUCUUACAUCAAAAGGUAUAGGAUGGGCUUUAAGGAUCACUCAAUGUGCUGCCCUCAUACUAGCUGCUGCCAGUUGGGAAGGGUCUGGGUUAUCUUAGAUCGUGUUGGCCUGGGACCCUCUAGCAGUUGAUGGUGUGACACUGCAGAGCCAUGUAUCAUUCUGAUAUAUUCCAACAAUAUGGACCAUCGUACACGGUGAGACCACCACACGCCCUGCCGCCCACCUACCCUGCAGCCAGUGGGCACCAUGAGGCCUACAGAUACUCAGAAUUGGACGUUGCCCCCAGUCAGAGGUAUGAUGGCCUGUUUACAACGCUCGAUCCUUCCCAGAGGAUCCUGGGAGCAGCCCCCCUCACACCUCUCUCAUUGCCUCCCGGUCCAGCUCUGGGGUUUGGCCAGCCGCAAUCCAUGUGUGAAGCACCUCGACUUCCCGGGAACGUCAAGAUGACGCUGGAGAACAAGGAUCUGUGGAAACAAUUCCACGCCAUAGGCACAGAAAUGAUCAUCACUAAAUCCGGGAGGAGGAUGUUCCCUCAGUGUAAGAUCAGCGUGACUGGGCUGGAGCCGGACGGGAAGUAUGUCCUCCUAGCUGACAUCCUACCAGUGGACAACUCCCGCUACAAGUGGCAGGAAGACCACUGGGAGCCCAGUGGGAGAGCAGAGCCGCGGCUGCCCGAGAGAGUUUACAUCCACCCGGAUUCUCCCGCCCCUGGAUCCCACUGGAUGAAGCAGCCAAUUUCCUUCCACAAGAUCAAGCUCACCAACAACACCCUGGACCAGUUGGGACAUAUCAUCCUGCACUCCAUGCACCGAUACCAGCCGCGAUUCCACAUCGUUCGAGCCCAGGAUGUGUUCAGCCGAAGAUGGGGGGGCUGCUCGUCCUUCACCUUCCCCGAGACCAUGUUCCUUACUGUCACAGCCUACCAGAAUGAGAAGAUAACGCAGCUCAAGAUCCAGACAAACCCAUUUGCAAAAGGUUUUCGGGAGGACGGGCUGAAGAAUAAGAGAGAUCGCCCCAUGCGGGUGAAGAGGAAACUGAUCAAUGUAGAAGAGGAAGAAGAGACCUUUACUCCACCGGAAUGUAAGAGACCCCUGUAUUCAGGACCCUGUGAUUCCACUCUGGAUCUAGGAGGAGGUCUGGGUAUCCCAUUACCCAGCCCGGAUUGUUCUUUCCAUCCCAUAACACCCCCAGACCCAACGCCACCCUCCUCUGAAGCCACUGACCCACCCACUCUGCCGAUGACAGCAAAUCAGGACCAGGGGGAUACCAUAGAGAUGAACCCCCAAACUACAGAGACUUACCUGCAGCCUGAGAGCCAGCCCUACCCUGAGCUACAAUCCUCCAGAGAGGACGCAAUGUACACUUGCAGUGCACCCGAACCAGCUGUUUCGCAGGGCCCGGGGCCCCGUCGUCCACCCACGCUACAGCGCUUCCCACCACCAUUUCAGGUGCCCCACGAAGCCACUCAGCUCUAUGACAGCCAAGCAGACUACAGGCUUUACAGCCAGGACCUAGGCUGUGCGGGCAAUUAUGGCCCAGGAUCCUGCGCCCUCACCCCGUCUGGCCGCGAGGAGGAAGGGGGUGGCCGAGGUUACCCCAAGAACUCAGACAUCCGCUUUCAACACUUUCUCUCCAAUUCCGGGCCCAAGCUGGGGUUGCCAUUUUCCGGUGCUCAGCUGCAACGUCUCUACACAGGGGGAGGCUGGAUGUGAGAGCGACGCUCUGCAGAGACUGCGCCUAGGGAGCCCUGACCGGGACCUAGCGGAAGAGAACUCCUCCUAGAUCAGCGAUUAUAGUCUGCACGCAGCGGGUGUGAGCUGAGUGUGCAGCGAUUGGACACACCAUGGGAGCCGAACAAUGACUCUGCCAACCGUUGUGCCACAGCGCGAUCCCCUUCACCCUUUCCAUGUGUGUACACCGCAGCUGCCUGGCCUGUUGGCGCUGGGCAGAGUCUGUUUUGAUUGCUAGCUUAGCUGUGCCUAAGACACAGACAAUAUUGAACUCAAUCUGACAGAGCUGGGGGUGGGGAGCUUGUGUUUGAAAGUUAUGUUACGUAUUAUCGCACAUUUUCAGCCAAUGUGGAGGUGGUGGCUGUAUAAAUCUUACAGCAGUCAUGGGAAUUGCUAGAACCCAGUAACAGAAGGACUGAAUAGCACAAAGAGGGUAACUGCAAUACUUGGUGUAAAGCGUCAGUACAAGACCCGCCGUCACCACAUUGGUGGGAACGAAGAAUUCCAAGGGACUGGUUUUAUUUUCCUGCCCAUAGCCACCAUCUAUAUUACUGGCUGUAAUUAGCAGCCGCCCAAGAGAACAUUUUCCGGGUGCGAGAUGAGGACACACAGAGAAGGGCAAAAUCCAGCUCUGCCAUCAACCUUUGUGUUAUUCACCCUGUCUUUGCAUUAAACUGUUUGAUGUGUGUGUUUCUAUGCGUGUGCACGUACACUAUAUAGGUCUGCUGCAUUCUUGGAAGAAAGCGACAAGUCUUGAAAGCAGCGGUCCUUACAGUGGGGUACACAAGGAUUUAUCUGUCUGGUGGAAACAGAACUCUGGCAAUGUAUGGGAACAGAUGACAAUCAUCCAUUUGCUCCCAAACACUGGAAAC